AUGGAGCGAGCCACCAUCAAGCUGGAUCCUCAGGCCAGCUCCCAGGGGCAGGGGCAGGGGGCCCUGGACUCCGCCCCAGGCCCUGCCCAGCCCCCCCAGGCCAAGAGGCGCCUGGGGGCAGGAGGCUGGAGCAGCCUCUCCCUGCUGCUGCUGGUGCUAUUGCUGCUGCUUCCCAUGUGUGGGAAACGCAAACUGGAGAAAGGCCCAAGGACUGAGAGCAUGUGGGAGGGGAAAUGGCCUUGGCAAGUGAGUAUCCGGUAUGGGAAGCGCUCCCUGUGCGAGGGCACCCUGAUCGACGUCCAUUGGGUGCUCACGGCAUCUCACUGCAUCCACAGAACCGAUGACCCGGCUCUCUAUCACGUUUUAGUAGGCAGCCACAAGCUGUAUGAGGAGAGCCCCAAGUCUCUCAAGGUUGGAGUGAAGAUGAUUUUUAGGUACCCGGAUAUCACAAAGAAUCAACCCUAUGGACAAGAUCUUGCUUUGCUCCUCCUGGAGCUCCCGGUGAAGUUGUCUUCGUAUGUCAUGCCUGUCUGCUUGCCAAAACCAGGCCUGAAUUUUGAAGAAGAGAAGGUCUCCUGCUGGAUGACAGGCUGGGAAAGAGCUUCCGACACAGUGUUAUCGUUAAAGGCCUCCUCUCUCCAGGAAGUCCAGCUUCCUUUUAUUAAGAAUUCCGAGUGUAACACCCUCUACGCAUCGAUGGGGAAUCUCACGACUGACACGAUGUAUAAGAUAGAGGACGACAUGCUGUGUGCAGGGGACAUCAGUAACCCCAAAGUGAUCUGCCUGGGAGAAGUCGGGAGUCCCCUUGUCUGUGAGUUCUCGAAGGUCUGGACGCAGGUGGCCGUGGGACGCUUUAAGACGGAAGCUGUUUUCCUCUUCAACCAGGAGUGCCCCCGAGAAUUUACAGGACUGCAGAAUGAGGAGCUGGAAUGGAUUUUAGACGUCAUCUAG